AAGUUCGGAGAGCGCUGAUUGGAGGAGGCGCGGCCCUGUGUUUGUCUUUCCCGUUCUGUUCCCUCGCUGGCUGUUUCAGGUGGAAUCGAAAGCGGCGAAAGGACUGGACGCGUGUCGGCGCGCGUCUCGUGUGAAACCAUGGGCGAAUCACGUGUUAUCUCCCGGGAGGAGGCCUUGCGCCUCGAUGGGCCCGAGUGGAAGCACGCCUGCCACGUCCUCCUCUACGCGCCUUGCCCCGGACGCCUCUUCGGGAGGAUCCCUUUGCGUUAUGCCGUCUUGAUGCAGAUGCGGUUUGAUGGCCGCCUGGGGUUUCCAGGUGGGUUUGUGGACCCACAGGAUCUCUCCUUGGAGGAGGGUCUGAGCAGGGAGCUCCAUGAGGAGUUAGGCCCUGGUGCUGCUUUGCUGCGAGUGACUGAAGAGAACUACUUGAACUCCCACACCUCUGAGAGGCCUCAGCGAGUGGUGGCUCACUUUUAUGUCAAGCAGCUUAGCCUGGAGGAGCUCCAGACCUUGGAGGAGAAGGCCACUCGGGCCAAAGACCAUGGCUUGGAGGUUAUGGGUCUCUUUCGCGUCCCCCUUUAUAUCCUGCGUGAUGGUGUUGGAGGUCUCCCAGCUUUUCUGACAAACAGUUUCAUUGGCAAUGCCCGGGAGCAGCUCAUUCAUGCCCUGGACACUUUCCAGCUAGUUCCAAAAGAGCAACUUCAGAAAGCUGUUAAAAUGGCCCAGAAGAGACCUUGAGUUUCCUUGGAUGGUGUUGCUGCCCUCUUCCUCUCAAUGGUUCUGUGAUGGGAUUGCCCAAAGAACAUUAGACUUCUGAAUGGAGUGGCUACAGAAGAAGAGUGUGGGGAGACAGCUGGAAAGGAGCUUUUCUGUUCUCCAACCUCUCAGGAAUGGCUAGUUGUCUUGGAAUUGAAACCUGUAAAAAGUAUGGCUCUGGACAGAGAUUUGAACAUGUCGAUUGUUUAGCAUUUGCAUUAUUGACAGUGUCUGUCUAGCUUGGAUCGGGAUGAGCAAGGCAUUUAAAAAUUAAAGCUAAAUGGUCUA